AUUAAAUUAGGGGGAAAGGGAUGAAUAAUUUGAGGCCUCACCAGGUUUUAUCCUUAACAUCGAUAUCCUCUCUUAGGAUGACGUAAGAAUGAGUGAGUGGACCCCACGUAACAACAAUAAUAAUAUAAUAAAGUCAAAAGAGUCCUUAAAGUGGAAAGAAAAAGGACAUAAACAAGAAUUGGACUAUGUGCCAUCCCAAUUAUAUAAUCCCACACCUAAUGAAUCUCUCCUCUACACAUGGAGCACACCCAUACAUAUAUACAUACACCUAUGCUUACAAACAAUGCCUCCUGAGUGUAGAUUAUGACUUACUGACAUCAAUUUCAAAUCUCUCCAGGCUCCUUUUUCUGCAUUCUAGUUGUAUUCUUCUAUGAGAGAGAGAGAGAGAGAGAGAGAGAGAGAGAGAGAGAGAGAGAGAAGAGAGAGAGAGAGAGAGAGAGAGAGAGAUGUUGGAGGGGAAAGCAUUGAUAGAGGAUACAGAUAUGCCAUUGAAGAUGCAGAUUCAAGCAAUGGGAUGUGCUUCUCAGGCACUUGAUCUCUAUGAUGUUUUGGACUGCAAAUCUAUUGCUGCACACAUCAAGAAGGAAUUUGACAAAAAAUAUGGGAGUGGAUGGCAGUGUGUGGUGGGAUCAAACUUUGGGUGUUUCUUCACACACAGUAAGGGGAGCUUCAUAUAUUUUACACUCGAGACUCUCAACUUUCUCAUCUUCAAAGGCUCCUCUUCUUCUUCUUCUUGAUGAUGAGUAGCAGUGGAUAAUAUAUUAGGACAAUGAAGAUUAAUUAGCUUUGUAAUAGAGGGAACUCCUAUGUUAAGUUUAGGUUGUACAAAUAUGAUGUACUUGCUAAGCUCUGUUUUUAUGGGUAAAUCAAUCUGCUAAACUCAGCUAUUUAUCCUCCACUAUCAAGAUUCAAGAAUGAAGUUUCUAACUUAGUUUUUA